AUGUACAGUCCACUGGACCCUCUCCGCCGCGAGAUACGGCUGCUCUAUCUGCACCCCGGUUGCUUUGAGGAUCGACUAAAGUGCGAGCUCGCAGUCCACUGUCUUAACAGCCCCCAUUGUCCUCAAUAUGAGGCGCUGUCAUAUACGUGGGGCGACCCUGCCAGCGCGGAAGACCCGAAAAACACAAUACUCGUUGGUGGGAGCUCGUUUGCUGCGACACGGAAUCUGGUUUCAGCUCUCCGCCACCUUCGCCAUCAGUCGGGGGAUCCAAUAUGCUUGUGGGCAGAUGCAGUCUGCAUUGAUCAGACCAACUUCGCGGAGCGUAGUCAUCAAGUAGGAAUGAUGCGGCAGAUUUAUGCCUCGGCCAAACGAGUCGUUAUAUGGCUGGGCGAGGCAGAUCAAGAAAGUGACGCCGUCAUGAGUGCUUUACACAGUAUAGCCACUUCUGGCGUGUCCUACUUGCACGGGGAGCUCUCGCAUCUAAGAGAAGAUGCGCCCAGAUUUUUUCUCGAGUUGGCCGAGCGGCGGCCGUGGUUCACACGGAUGUGGAUAGCACAGGAACUUGCGGUAGCCAGUGAAGAUCCCAUGGUAGUGUGCGGGAUGAAGUCUGUCUCAUGGUCAACUUUCGUCAAAGCAUGGAAAGUAAUCAGCCGCGAAUUAUUUACGGAAAUCGGAAUGGUGCGGCCUAUACCAAGAGCUGAGGAAGACAUGGCAGACAGACAGCCUCCAGAUACCGGUGACGAUCUCGAAGUGCUUGCCAUGUUGAAAAUCGAUGUACUGGAUGAGCUCCGCCAGGCUGUGCAGAGGAAUGGAGGCCAACCUCUCCGGCAGUUGCUGUGGAUAUCGCGAACCUCUCUGUCAACCGAUCCACGAGAUCGCGUAUACGCAUUGCUGGGCUUGAUGCAUGUAUCUGACGAUACUGAUGUUACGACGAUUCUGGCUGACUACAGCAAACCCACCUGGGCCGUUUACGCAGACGCGAUGGAACAUAUAUUUAGCUCAGGACAAGGACCAUACUGUCUCUCCUACCUGUUUCUCCCCGGGGUAGAUACAGUCUUGCCGUGGACUCCCAUGGCAACGAGUAGUGACGAGGAGCAAGCCUAUCUUCCUACCUGGGUGCCAGACUUUUCGCGUCAGACAAGUGAUUCAACUACUAAGCCAAGCGGAAUCACGUUCCAGCCACCAGCUAACCGUGGCGGCGCCUCUGGUGCUGGUGCAAAUUGUCAUAAUGGCCAGCGAGUAUCUGAUCGAGUGCUGAAGGUGGAAGGACUGUGGAUCGAUACGAUCCAGGAAACUAUCCCACUCGGAACGUCCAUGGACGAGGUUUUGGCCAGCCUACCCCGGAUACAGGCGACGGCAAUGCAGGCAAAGGAGCGCCCGUGUCGGUUUGAGCAGCCUGUUGCUGCCUUAAUCGAGCAGUUCAAGCGCAAAGAGCCGCUCUGGCGGAUGCUUAUCUCCAAUAAGAAGUACAUGUCUGGAUACGACGAAGCCCCUUUGGCCUACGAGGAUAUGUAUUUGCAGCUGACGGAGUACCCGAGAGUCACCAAGAAUAACCGAACUCAGUAUGAAAAGUGCUUGGUUGAAGGGUUGGGACAAAAGGCCUUCUUCACCACUAAUUGCGGUCUCGUGGGUACCUGUGUUCCGGACAGUCGCGCAGGAGAUAUCGCAGUCGUCCUAUUCGGAUCUCCUAUACCUUUCAUCCUCCGCCCAUUACCGGCUGGAACUAACGGCCAGAGCCAGAUGUAUGCUCUGAUUGGAGCGUCCUAUUUGAGUGGCAUCAUGGAUGGGGAAAUGGUUGACGAGCUAUACUGCGAGGAUCUGAUUGACUCUACCACAUUCCUUAUUACAUAG